AUGCUCGGCAAAUUAGUGAACAAAUUUAAGAAACAUUCACUACAAGAAGAAAUAACAAGUAAUACUAGUUUAUUUGAAUCUGCUUCUAAUAAUGCUAAUUCUGGAAGUAACAGAACAACGACAACAGCGCCAACUGGAGCGAUAGUUGCACCGCUACCUCAACAAGCAAAUCGUCGAAGUGCUCGAAUAAGUGCACUUUAUGAGGACAAUACUGCAUUGGUGAUGAUUGACUCGGGAACCGAAUCAGAUGACGAUGAAUUAGAACAGCUUGAUUCCAAUUUGAACAGAGCAGCUUCAACGGAUAUAAUGGGAAGCAGUCCACCAAAUCUGACCAGCUCACCACCUCUAGCUAGUGAAUUCGAAACAGAUAGGUCGGUUUGA